UGACUCUCUCUUCUAAACCGCCAGAGUUCCCUUCUCUUUCAAGAUUCGUUCAAUUCAAAAUCAAGAACGUUACCAAUUCCAACAAAAGGUCGCUCCUCUACAUCACUAUGGGUGGCAAUUCUACUGCAACAAAAUCAAUCGGUGGCCGUGGGAAGCCCCGAUCAAAGGCCGUAUCAAAAUCUUCCAAGGCCGGUCUCCAAUUCCCUGUUGGCCGUGUCGCUCGUUUCCUAAAAAAGGGUCGUUACGCAGAACGGGUCGGAUCCGGUUCACCUGUUUACCUCUCUGCUGUUCUUGAAUACCUCGCUGCUGAGUUAUUGGAGCUUGCUGGGAAUGCUGCAAGAGACAACAAGAAGAAUCGGAUUAUUCCAAGGCACAUUCAGUUGGCUGUGAGGAAUGAUGAGGAGUUGAGCAAGUUGUUGGGUUCGGUGACAAUUGCGAAUGGCGGUGUUCUGCCCAAUAUUCAUCAAACACUUCUGCCGAAGAAGACUGGUGGGAAGGGUGAAAUUGGGUCUGCUUCACAAGAAUUUUAGGGCUUUAUUUUUGAAUGCUAAAUAGUGUAAUUGGGUUCAAACUGGUCGAAUUAUUUUGUCUUUCAGAUGUAUAGUUUUGGCCCUAUCUGUAGUGACGUUCAUGUGGUAGUUAAUGAAAUGAAGCAUUCUUGAUUUCUGGAAUU